CCUUGUUCCACCCUCCUGUUCUCUCUUUGCUUCUUUCCUUCCCUCCCCUCAACAACUACAUUUUUUGGGGUCGCACUGUCGCCGCCACGUAGCUGUCCUUAUCGCUGGACUUUCCUGUCGUUGCCGCAUACCACCUUCAAUUAUUGUGAACACAUUUCUUCUCUCUCACAAUGUCCGACGAUAAGAAGAGCGACGACUACAGAGUCGACAUGCCCUCGGGCAAGGAGUUCCGCGCGCCCUCCCCGCUGCCUCGCGCGUCCAAUUCACAUCGGGGCGGGCCCACGUCCAUAACAGAGAACCCAGUCGCUGCCAUCCUGGCCUACUGUGGUUCCUCCAUUCUGAUGACCGUUACGAACAAAUACGUCCUCUCUGGCGUCGACUUCAACCUCCCUUUCUUCCUUCUCUGCAUACAGUCUGUUGUCUGCGUUGCAGCAAUUUCGAUAUGCAAGAGCGCUGGUAUCAUCACAUACCGCGACUUCAACAGUGAUGAAGCAAAGAAAUGGUUUCCCAUCUCUCUUCUCCUCAUCGGUAUGAUCUAUACGAGCACCUGGGCCCUCAAGUUCCUCUCGAUUCCCGUCUACACCAUUUUCAAGAACCUUACCAUCAUCUUGAUUGCAUACGGAGAGGUUCUCUGGUUCGGUGGUGCUGUCACGCCAAUGGCGCUCUUUUCUUUCGGAUUGAUGGUCUUCAGCUCCGUCAUCGCGGCCUGGGCAGACAUUCAGCACGCUUUGUCGAGUAUGGGACAAUCUACAAGCGCAUCCACAGACGCCAUGUCCACUCUGCACGCUGGCUACCUCUGGAUGAUGUUCAACUGCUUGUGCACAGCUACUUAUGUUUUGGGCAUGCGCAAGCGCAUCAAGCUCACCAAUUUCAAGGACUUUGACACCAUGUACUACAACAACCUCCUCACCAUCCCGAUCCUGUUGGUUGCCUCGAUCCUCGUCGAAGACUGGUCCUCCGCGAACAUCCAGAAGAACUUUCCCCCUGACCAGCGCAACACCGUCAUCACCGUCAUGGUCGUGUCCGGUCUCUCCACAGUCUUCAUCUCAUACACUUCCGCCUGGGCUGUCCGUGUCACCUCGUCUACCACAUACUCUAUGGUUGGCGCUCUGAACAAGCUCCCCAUUGCUCUCAGCGGUCUCAUCUUCUUCGAUGCGCCCGUCACCUUUGGCAGUGUUUCUGCUAUUUUUAUCGGUUUCGUCAGUGGUCUGGUUUACGCGCUCGCCAAGAUCCGACAGAACAGCCAGCCCAAGACGGUCCUCCCCACUAGCAACAUCCCACUCAGCGCCAGCAGCAGGAGCAUGCAGGACAGCCUGAAGUCAUAGAAGCCGUUGAAGGAGCACGACGAAUACUAUCAGACAUGAAGGAAAAUGACUCUGGGUCCUUUAUUUGUGGCAUUUUGCGUGGUUUCGGAUGCAGAGCAUGGCUUCCUUUUACUCCUAACUCGGCACUUGACUGAGAAGGGAGUUUUGAUUUCUUUGGGUAUUUUCAUGUACCUCUUGUGCCUUUGGGCAUGUUACCUACACCAUUUAACAAAUUAGAUCAGGCUUGGCGUUCCGGGCAAAGGCAGCGAGCCAUGACGUCCAAGACAGAGGAGUAAAAAGAGGAGCGAAUCGAUUGAUGUAUUAGGAAC